AUGACCAGCAAAUAUGACCCAGCCCAGGUCACACACCCUCUCGAGGUUGCCAGACAGGCCGCCUUGGUCGGUGGAGCCUCAGCAAUUCCCGGUACGGUAAUCGGUGCUUUAUACGGCACAGUCCGCACCCAGACACCCGUCUUGUUUUCCAUCGUCUCAGGAGCCCAAUGGUUCGCUCUUGGAUCAACAUUCUGGGGUUUCCGCGCCUCACUCCUCAACCAGAAUGGCCUCGUAAACUGGUGGAACCUUACUCGAGGCGCCCCCAUCUACCCUCGUGAUGACCUGAGCCCAUCUCCCUCGGACAAAGUCCGCGCCUCUACCAUUGCCGGAGGAUCAACCGGCUUCACUCUUGGUUUCUUGUUUCGAGGUCCCCGCAACGUUAUUCCUGGAACUCUUAUGUUCAGUCUCGUAGGCUGGCUAGGACAGCAAGGUUACAACUACCUUGAUGCGAGAAACUCUGGUCAACUUCAGGAACUGGCGGAAUUGAGAGCUAAGGGCGAAGAAAAGCCAAAGGAGACUUUAACGGACAAGAUUGCGAAGAGCAGAUGGAGUCCAAUGCAAGUCUUGAGCGAUGAGGAUUACGAGAAGAUGAUGCAGGAGAAGCUGUUGAGGGUUGAAGCAGAUAUUGCUAUGAUCGAUGAUAAGAUUGCGGCACUGAGAAAACAGGCAGUUGAGAAGGAUGCGCAACAUCAGAUCAAGCAUGUGCACGAGCAGGACAGGAUUUCAAAGUGA